CUUGGAAUGAAACGCUUGCGCAACGCUUCGCUUUCACACGAGCAUUUACUCUGAGAUUGGAUUGAUAACAGUACAUUAACGACAGGAUUGUGAAUAGUUUGGAGGGAUAGGAGAGGAAAUCAACAGAAAAACAACAAUGAGACAAGAAAAAUAAGAAUGUAAAAAUGUAUUUGUUUUCAUAUCAAGGAGAAGGUCAAGUUUCCCUCUGUUAGUUGUAUUGUAGCUAUUUAAGUGAAUCAUACGGAAGAAACACAUUAAAAAUCAGGACGAUUUGCAAAAGAUGUUACCAUAUUGAAUCAAAAGUAUACAUUUGGAUACAUCCACAUUGCAGAAGUAUUUAAAAGUACAACCCUGUUAGCUAUCACACUGUUUUUGUCGAGCAGUUAACAACAGGCCGACAAACCGACAAACAGCACCGCCCCUCACCCUAAAAUCACUGUAUGCCAUAACUUGCGCUUAAAACAUUAACUCAAAAGAUUAUUAGAUUAGCAGAGUGUCCUUCACUGCCACUGGAACACCAAGUGCUACUAAGUUAGGCCUACUCUUAAUUUGUGUACCUCUGUAAAGAGCUUUUGGAGACGGAAAUCGUGUCUAAGUUUUGAAUAAUGAUACUCAAUCAAAAUCUAAUUGAUUGAAGAGGAAAAGUCUUCAAAGUAGAUGAAGGUGGCUUCCCUACAAACAUGUGGGCCUCAGACUGCCAUUGGAUUAGCUCAGGGAGAAGUAGCCUAUUUGGGAGCAAUACAAUGGUCCAUUCUCAUAUGGGAAUAAUCCUUGAAGGUAUUGCAAGCAGUUUCAUAUGACUCCGCAACGACAAGGCUACUUCAAGCAACUCUCCGAAGAAGUUUAUCGGCUACAGAUUAAAAAAACACAAAUGUCAACUGUAAGUAGCCAGCCUUUAUUUUAUAAUAACUUCAUUCUCACUGUAUUUCAUAUGUGCAGUGUGUCUACUGCAAAUGUAGUGGGUUGGGAACCUGCUUUGUUAUAUAAAGGCAACCAUCGGUCUGUCCAUAGCUCUCAAACUCUUAAGAGAUAAUUAUUUUUGGAGAAGGUGUGAAGCUUUCAUGCCCGGCUGCCAGCUGUUUCUUUAUUGGUUGUAUUUGUUGUUCCUGGGUUUAUUGGGCUUUGUCAGAUAUCUAGAUAAACACAACCAAAGCUAAGCAUUCCCUUUCAGUUUUCGUGGCUAUUUGUUCCCCAGAGGGUGAUCAGCAUCGGAGUACAACAGUUGUAUGAUUGUAAUCGUAGCAUAGUUUCUCUGUGAAGCCAUCCACUUCUCCUCCAUUCUGCUUUUUUGUGUUUCUAUUGAACAAGUCAGUCUCAGCAACUGCAUAUACUGUAUAUGUGUAUGUGGUUUGACUCUAAUGUUCCAGAUUGACGUUAACCGGGGUGUCAUUGUUUUCACCCAGCUGUUAACACUCAUGUAUCAUGAAAUGAACUGCGUGUUCUCAGUUAAAUCUAAAAUAUACUGUGGGCUUCAUUUUUUGAUUGUAGUCCCCACCAACCUCUUGUGAUUGGAUGCUCCUGGUUGAACAGAAGAAUAUAAAUGUCCGCGUUACAACCAUGGAUGCUGAGCUGGAGUUUGCCAUCCUGCCCAGCACAACGGGGAAACAGCUUUUUGACCAGAUAGUGAAGACGAUCGGGCUGAGGGAGACCUGGUUCUUUGGCCUCCAGUAUCAGGACAGCAAAGGUUUCUCCACCUGGCUCAAGCUGAACAAGAGGGUGACAGCUCAAGAUGUGAAGAGAGACAACCCUUUGUUGAUUAAGUUCAGGGCCAAGUUUUACCCGGAGGAUGUCGCGGAUGAACUGAUCCAGGAGGCAACACAACGCCUCUUCUUUCUGCAGGUGAAAGAAUGCAUCCUAAAUGAUGACAUCUACUGUCCACCUGAGACUGCGGUGCUCUUGGCCUCGUAUGCGGUUCAGGUCAAACAAGGAGACUACAGGAAAGACUCUCACGUAUCGGGAUACCUCGCUAGAGAGAAGCUGCUGCCUCAGAGGGUUUUGGAGCAGCACAAGCUGAAUAAAAAUCAGUGGGAGGAUAGAAUCCAGGUGUGGCAUCAAGAGCACAAGGGAUUGCUGAGAGAAGAUGCCAUGGUGGAGUACCUCAAGAUAGCCCAGGAUCUGGAGAUGUACGGGGUCAACUACUUUAACAUCAAGAACAAGAAAGGAUCGGAGCUGUGGUUGGGAGUGGACGCACUGGGGCUGAACAUCUAUGACAAGAAGGACAAGAUGACCCCGAAAAUUGGCUUCCCCUGGAGUGAGAUCAGAAACAUUUCCUUCAACGACAAGAAGUUUCUCAUCAAACCAAUAGACAAGAAAGCUCCGGACUUUGUUUUCUACGUACCCCGUCUUCGCAUCAACAAGCGUAUCCUGGCAUUGUGUAUGGGGAAUCACGACCUGUACAUGCGCAGACGUAAACCCGACACCAUCGAGGUGCAGCAGAUGAAGGCCCAGGCCAGGGAGGAGAAGAACAAGAGGCAAAUUGAGAGGGCUCUGCUCGAGAGUGAGAAAAAAAAGCGAGAAAAUGCCGAGAAGGAAACAGAGAAGAUUGCUCGUGAGACCAUGGAGCUGAUGGAGAGAUUGAGACAGAUUGAAGAGCAGACAAAGAGAGCUCAAGAUGAGCUGGAGGAGCAGACUCGCAGGGCUCUCGACUUAGAAAAGGAGAGGACAAUUGCGCUGGAGGAGGCUGAGCGCCUGGACAAGGACCGCAGGGCUGCAGUGGAAGCUAAAGCAGCCCUGCUGCACCAGUCUGAAACUCAGAUCAAGAGCCAGGAGAGUCUGGCCACUGAGCUGGCAGAGCUUACCUCUAAGAUCUCCCAGCUGGAAGACGCCAAGAAGAAAAAGGACGAGGAGGCGGAUAGAUGGCAGGAAAGGGCAACGGUGGUGGAAGCUGAUUUGGAGCGAACCAAAGAGGAGCUGAAAACUAAACUCAUGGGUGUCCACAUCCAAGACUCGGUCCACCCUCCUAUGCACGAGCACGACGAGACGGAUGAGAGCAGUGCCGAGGCGAGCGCUGAGCUGACUUCUCCAGACAUGGUCCGAGACCGCAGUGAAGAGGAAAGAGUCACCGAGGCCCAGAAGAACCACCGGCUGCAGAAAAAACUCAAGUUCCUGAGCACUGAGCUGGCUGGAGCUGUAGACGAGAGCAAGAAGACCCCCAAUGACCUGAUCCACGCUGAGAAUGUGAAGGCGGGCCGUGACAAAUACAAGACCCUUCGCCAGAUUCGUCGGGGCAACACCAAACAACGCAUUGACGAAUUUGAGUCCAUGUGAGCGGGGCUGAUGUAAGCCCACUCAGACUAAAGGCAAUGUUAGGGUAGUUUAUGAAAAAGGACACAUCGAGAGAUCUGUAGAAAAUGAACCCGACAAAGCUGAAAACUGUUGAAAAUACAUUAAGAUUACACAGAAACAAAAAAAAACACUUUCGUGGUCCAUUUAAAUCAUUAUCCAGGCUGUGAUUCAUGAAAAAGUUGUCCUUUGUCCUUGUAAAUCACAUUACAAAACAUUGCCAUUCCAAUUAUUCCAACCAAUGAAAAUGUCAUCGUCAUUCAUUAAUGAGCGAUGACAUUUAAUAUACUUCCAGAAAGUGUUUUCAUGAUUGUAGAAAUAAAAUACACGGAAAAUCCA